AUGCCUGGCACCCCCGACGAGACGCAGCCUUCUCGCCGCUCCGUGACACAGCCAUGGGCCGGCGCCGUCGACGAAGACCGCGGCUGGAACUUUGUCACCGGCACCAUUACCGUUCCCAACAUCUCCGGGCAAAACCCCAGCAGCGCAGUCGCCAUCUGGGUCGGCAUCGACGGGCUGUCGUGCCAAAACGCCAUCCUGCAAACGGGCUUGACGUUUUACGGCGACGGCACCAUCGACAACUGGUUCGAGUGGUGGCCCAUCCAGCCGCAGCGCUACUCGCAGCGCUUCUCGGCCAGGCCCGGCGACAAGGUGCGCAUGACGGUCAACGCGUGGUCGUACAACUCGGGCAACUCGACGCUGGAGAACCUCACGACGGGGGAAAAGACGGUCCAGGAGUUUCGCAACAUGCGGUACAACCUGUGCCUGACGGAUGCGGAGUGGAUCUGGGAGGACUUUGGCCAGGUGCAGCUGGCUAACUUUGGGACUGUUGACUUUGUGGACACGCAUGCGCGCGGGCAGGGCGGUGCGGCGGAUCCGAGUCGAGCGCGUAUUGUCAACAUUGUUGCGGACGGGAGACAAAAGACUCAAUGCGGCUCCAACGCAAAUGGCGUUCGCUGUCAGUACACUGGCUGA